AUGGCCGACUCCAAGCCCGUCUUCAGUCCGGCCUGUCCUAUCCCCUACGUUUUCCAGCCUGCAGAGAGGAUCCAACAACUAAAAGAUUAUCUCCAGACUGAAUGGGGCCAAAUCCAGCGUGUAAACGCGGAAGCUCUGAUCAGAAUGUAUGAGAGUGGGGAGCUUGGCCCGCGUCAAAUGGGAGAUCCCCAUGUUUACCUUUUGGAUGGGAAACGGGUUGAUAAAACCCUUUUUGAGGAUAAAGCAAUGUCUGCAAACAGUCUUAAAUGGAUCGAGGGGAUUUAUCAGGGGAUGACCCAGGGGCGCGGAAUUCAGGCAAUUAUCUAG